AUGCAGGAAAUCUUUAGCUCCAGGAGGCAGGAUCACUGCAUAGGGAAGACACAAGACAGUCACGACGCCAGGUGCCGGCCUGCAGCCCAGCAACACAGCGCCAAGGAAAGAAUGUCUCCACUGUUCCUCUGCCUCUUCUCCUCGUUUCUUAUAUUCACCCAGUCCAUUGGGUCUCCAGACACUUGCCUAGUAAACAGAAAGCAGAAGUUGACUGCCAGCCCUGAGCCCGGGCUGACCAAGUGCCAGCAGUAUUCGAGCUAUUCAUGCUGCUCUCAGGAACAUAUAGACGCAUCUUCUUCUGUCCGCUUCCCCUGGUCAGGCUGUGGAUCCCUCAGUUCUAGGUGUGAGGAAUAUGUCAGCCGUGUGCAAUGUAUGUAUCUCUGCUGUCCACACAUCUCCAAAUGGAGUCUCCCUGGCUCUGCUGCUGGAAUCCAUGAGCUGCCCCUCUGUGAUACCUUCUGUGAUAAAUGGUAUGACGCAUGUAAAGAAGAUUUAAUAUGUUCAGCAACUACAGACCUCAAAAAAAACUGCAGCAAAGGCUGCAUCACAUACAAACAGAAAUUUAGAUCAGGAGAUCAGAUGUGUGACACCAUCUGGAAACAUUCGUUUGUAACAAUGACCGAGCGGUGCUUCUGCAUCACCCCACCAGGAGAAGGAGCUGAUGCUGCACAGCUAGGCUCCACCCAUGCAGAGCUAGACCACACCCAGGAAGGGUCAUCCGGAUAUCCAGAGAUGUGUUUUCAGGACCCUCACAAUAUUCCACGGGUGAAAAGAGCUUUGCGUAAGAGAAGUGUCCAACUAGAUCUGGAUGGUAGUGGCAGCGGUAACGGCGUUUAAUGGAAACCAGGUUCCUUGUUGCAGUCUCACCCACCUCCCCAUUUCCUUCCCCAAUACCAGUCCCCUAAAAGACCUUCGCAUUGCCUAAAGUUUUACCAAAGUUGAAGACAAGAUAGACCUGACCGGACUCCAGCAGCAGAACCAAGACACAUCUCUGCAAGCACAAUCACAGCCAAAGAGCUUUUAAUCAUACAUGCCAAUGCUCUGUGUGACCCCCUACUGCCCAUUCAUGGACCUCUCCCCACCCCCCCACCCCCCCACCCCCAAGCAAUCACUUUGAUCCUAAAUUUUCACCAGCGAGCAGAGGUGGCCUGUAAAAUGAUGUUUGGAGAGACGUACAUACCUCCA